AUGUGUAUCACUAUAGCCACUACAAACCACCCUGAGUACCCAUUUAUACUUCUUUCAAAUAGGGAUGAGUUCUUUAGAAGACCGACCAAGCCUGCUGAAUUUAGGCAGAUCUCCAACAACACAAAAGUGUUGGCUCCGCUAGAUCUUGCCAGACCUGAACAUGGGACAUGGAUUGGAGUGACGACAUCAGGGAAAAUUGCAGUAUUGGUAAACUACCGUGAUAUGGACACCGAGAGUACCAUGAAACAGGUGUCAAGAGGGGUUUUGCCCUUGAAUUAUUUGGAGACGACAAAAACAGAUGACGAAUGGAGAGAUAGUUUUUCAGCAAACAUUCAGAAUGGCAACGCGUCCCUUGAUUUGAAGAAUAUCGGGGGGUUCACAUUAUUGUAUGGUUCGUUACGGGUUGAUGAAAAAAACGGUAUCGACCACUUGAAUAUCUUGAGUAAUAAAGGGCACCAUGGACGAGUGUUUGAAAGGGAAUGUCUGCUGCAAGAUAUGGCAAAUCCUGAUCGUUUUGCGACAAAGACCACAUUCGGCAUGUCCAAUUCCUUGUACAACGAUCCUUGGAAAAAGGUUGACCUUGGUGAGCAAAUGCUUGAGAAGGUAAUUGAUGCUUCAGUUGAGAAUAACUGUACCCAAGACCAACUUGUGGAGGACUGCUUUAAAUUACUAAGUCAUGACACAUAUGAAAGAUCCAUUAUGAAACAAAAUGAUUUUGACGUUAAGGUGAUGGAGUUGAGGAAUUCGAUCUUUGUGCCACCGCUUAAACGUGAGGGUGCCGAAACUCAUUUGGUUUCUAUUGGUGACUACUACGGCACUAGAACGCAAACGAUUAUUUUGUUGGAUAAGUUGGGCAAUUUGAACUACUAUGAACGAAAUUUGCAUUCAUCAGAUGUGCCAGAAACUGACAAACCAUUGAUUACGUCCAGGUAUACAUUUAAUAUAUAUGAUGGCUAG